AUGGGUGCAGUGUUCCUGUUGAUCAUCACGAUGGUCAACUCGGCAAUCAUUCGACCGCAUGUUGUGGAGGCCGCACGUGGAAUGCCCCCACGUAUGCACAAUGUGGAGACCAAAUUUCGAAUCCCGCUGGGCCAAAAGCAAUUCAAACUGGUUUGCCCUAUCAUCACAGUCUUGGAAAAAGACAACACUAUGAUUCAAUGGUCCAAAAAUGGGGAACAGCUCGACUGGGACAGUCAGUAUAAGUUGUCCAAGGAUGGAAAGGAAUUGAAAAUGAAGUCGGUGAAAUUCGAGGACAGUGGAAGAUACCAGUGCCAGGCAACAAAUGGGUUCGGACACAAAACUAUGGAAUUCAUCGUUCAUGUACAUGAUCAAAAUGAUAAGGAGAAUUCUGUGAAGGAUUAUUUGGUUUUGUCAAAUACAACCGCCAGCCCAAGUUGGUUGAUUGACAUGAACUCCGAAUGGCGAUCGCCUAUCAAGAUCAACACGGGAGGCAAACUCGAGUUGCGUUGUCCGGCCCAAGGAAACCCAUUGCCCGAAAUUCGAUGGUAUCAGAACGAGAUGGAAAUUAGCGAGAAAACCCACAAACACGUCUCUUCAAUUGCCGUCGAACCUGUUGAUAGUUCUUACAGUGGAGUCUACCGAUGCGUUGUGGAGAACUCGCUGGGAUCCUUAUCCUUCGCUUUCGAUGUGACUGUUGGAGACUUUUUCGAUCCACCAACCACAGAUAUCAGUGAACAUCAGGAAACCGCUAUGGAACCAAUCAUCGACCAACCAUACAAUAUUAGCGUAUAUGCUGGACAUACAGCUCAAUUCCAGUGCAAAGUCAAAUCUAAUGAGAACACCAUCAUUAAGUGGCUUAAAGAAGUCUCGGAUCCAGCUGCUAUUCGUCACAAGGAUCCAAAUGCUACCGUAAUCCAUGCCAAUGGAAUGAACCUUUUGGUUUUGGAUUAUAUUCAAUCAGAAUCCACAAUCCCAACUGAAGACAUGGAUAAUGUGUACACCAAUCGGCUCACUAUUCAUAAGGUUGACUAUCAGCAUGCUGGAAAAUACAUAUGCGUUGUUACAAGUGCCCAAGGACAGAUUGUUUACAAAUCAGCAGAAUUGAAAGUGCUAUCCUCCUAUGAUUUCACCUUCCCAUUCAAGUCUGACGGAUUUCUGGUUGUUCUCGCUGUCGUGGUCUCUAUCUUUGUGUUCAUCGUUAUUCUGGCAAUUAUCUGGCUGAAGAAAAACCAAGAAUCCACGACAAGAGAUCAAGACCUGAAACCACCACCACCACCACGAAUGCCACCACCAGCUGCUCCUCAGGAAAAUGAUUGGUCCAGUGACAGGACAAUGCACUCAUCAAAACCGCUCCUGUUGCAUAAUUCAAUGUUCAAACAACCGAACCCAAUGAAGUACCACGCGGCGACAAUGGAUCGGAACAAUUUGAUACGAGCAGAGAGACGAUUUGACGAAAUGUCAAACGUCUAUGACAACAAUACAGUACACCCGUAUUGGACACAACAAAGGAACAACAAUUCGAUAUACAAUGGUGGUUAUCGAACGCUAGAGGUUCAACACCAUCGAAAUUAUCCCACGUCAGAUGAGUACACGGACCAGGAUAUGUUCUACUAUAAGUAA